AUAUUUCUUGUCAUAGGACCCCUGAAGCACGUUGGAAUGUUUACGGUGAAGAAGCUGUAGGCUGUAGGCUCAUAGAAGAGCCAUAAACAAUAGUUAUAACAUUCACUGAAUGUAUGACGACAAUUUAGAAGAAAGAAAAAUAAUACAUCACAGGGUUAAAAUAUAAAAAGUGAGAAUAAUUUCAGUAUUGGUGACGUUAGCUCAAAUAGCUAUUUCUCCAGGAAGCUGUAGAAGACAGGAGGGAACGUUUCACGCGCGGUUCAAGGGGGUCUGCUUUCCACAGAGUAAAGUUGAGACCUUUAUAUAGUUUAUGGUUGAGACCGACAUGACGUCCUCAUUGGUUGUUCCAGUGGUCGAUGUCCAGAAUGACAACUUUAAAGAGCUUUGGCCUGCUAUGGUUAUAGCAAUUAAGUCCUCUUCCUUCAUUGCAGUGGACACGGAGCUGAGCGGUCUUGGGAACAGGAAGUCCCUGCUGGCUCAAUGUAUAGAGGACAGAUAUAAAGCCAUCUGUCAUGCAGCUCGUUCUCGCUCCAUCCUCUCUCUGGGAAUCAGCUGUUACAAGAAACUUGACAACAAGGCUGCAGACACAUACCUGGUUCAGGUGUAUAAUCUCACCCUGCUGUGUUCAGAGGAGUACAUCAUUGAGCCGCAGUCAGUGCAGUUCCUGGUGCAGCAUGGAUUUGACUUCAACAAGCAGUAUGCGUGUGGGAUCCCCUACUGCAAAGGCAACAAUAAGGCAGGAUCAGACGACAGUGGCGUCCACAUCAGAGCUCUCUUCACUGAGCUGCUGCGAGCCAGGAAACCUCUUGUGCUUCACAACGGCCUCAUCGACAUGGCCUUUCUGUACCAGAGUUUUUACGCUCAUCUUCCAGAGCAGUUGGCGACCUUCACAGCCGACCUGUCUGAGAUGUUUCCUGCUGGUAUUUAUGACACUAAAUACAUCACCGAGUUCGAGCUGCGACUCACCGCCUCCUAUCUAGAGUAUGCUUAUAAGAAGUGCAAACUGGAUAACAGUCGCAGGGUGACCUCUGGAGUCGACGGCUCUCAAUUUCACGUGGAGUUCUGUCACUAUGGAGGUCAGAUGUCCAGCUACAUAGACUAUAGGACAUGUCCGGACUUGGCUUCUCCUGAGGGACAGACUAACCUCUGCCAACAGUUCUCUGGGUUUGGCUGGUGUCCAAAAGGCACCCAGUGUCCGUUAUCCCACGACAUUGACCUGAUCCUCCUCCAGGACGAGAAGUGCUCAGGGGACAAGAGAAAAAAGAGGAAGAGACACAGAGUGAAGAAGAAAGGUGGAAAAAACGCACCAGAGGCACCAGACUUUGAUGGUGCCCCAGAAAACAAGAUUCCCCACAUGGAGGUGGAUCCUGCAGAAACACCAGAAAUGCCUCUAGUGGCCAAUGAAGGAAGCACUCAACAGAGUGAAGGAGAAAUCAUGAAAGUAGACGGUGAGGGGAACGGAGCGUGUGACUUUGUAACAACCACCACAACUGAUGAUGACACCACAGCAAACACAAAGGAAGGAGAAGACAGCAGAACAGAAGAAGGAGGGACAGAGAAGUCAAGUCCCCUUCCGUCAAAGUCUAACAAUCACAACACGAAGACAGACUCAGGAACACACAGGGCAGGGUUCGAUGCCUUCAUGACCGCGUAUAUCUUUGCAUACUCCUGCUCACUACUGGAGAAGGAUGGAGCAGGAGCUGAGGAGGACAAGGGGCAGCAGAAGGAGGAGCAGACGAUGCUUCCUUCCUCUAUCAAUAAAGUCUACCUGAGCGGUAAGGCAGCUCCUCUGAACGUGGUCAAGAGCACCUUCUCCAAAUCGUCCAAGGCUCAUGUGCUGAAGAUGGAGAUGGUCUGGGGAAAGACUGUUUAGUGUGGUCAAAUGAGAAACAUGCAGAUUCUUAUUUUACUUUAUUAUCAUGUUGUUAGGGAUGGUCUAGACUGAACUGUCCUCACUGAUUUAUAGAUAACUGAAACAUUUUGUACAGACGUUCAUGUACACCAAAAAAAAGGAAUACUAUGAUUACCUUGCUCCUCUGAUUUCUCUGUUCUAUGAUGUUGACAUUUGUUAUGAAACAUCCUGACAGCUGUUUUAUGAGUUGUCAAUAAAAAUGUGUUGAACAUG